AUGUCGGAGCUAAUGGGACUACGAGUCACUCUCCAGCCAAGAUUAAUGUUGCUAAGAGGGUGGGCUCGGCCGUGCUCGCUAGUUAUGCCGGUGUUUCAUAAGAGGCUAUUCGGUUUGACCCUAUGGUUUCGAGGCGAUGGCGCUGUCGGGGAGUGGGUAACGGUUAUUGAAAGAGCUAACAUAAAAUCUCGCUCUAAUCGUAAGCAUCGGUCGCGGCGGCUUUCGCCUUCUCGGUUGGGGCGGCCUACUCAUGUGCGGCUUAGGACACUCGAUCAUGUCUAG